CAGAGUUUAUCCCAUCUCUAUAUCGAGUUCUGAUCAGAUUUAUACAAUGGAUUCGGAUAGCACCGUCACAUCCUUGGAGGAGAACACCGAGAACUUCUGCACAAAUCCGACGCGCGACAUACUCGCCGAGGGCAUCACCAACCUCUUCAAGCCGACCAUCGAAAGGUUGGACGAGCGUGUGGCCUCCACCAUCCAGUUGCAAGCGGAGCUGCGUGGCCAACUGGAGGCGCUUUCCGCCCAGCUGAGAGACAUCGAAAGGGCCCAAAGUCAGAUUCCCGAGUUCGCGGACAAGGUGAAGGAGCUGCUGAACGUGAAGCACAAGGUGACGGUGAUUAGCAACGUCCUGGGCACCAGUCAGGAACGGCUCACUGGUCUGCACAAGCUCAUUGAAAAGGAGCAGCGCCGGAGACAGGCGCUCCUCGAUUCGGCCCUUAGCACCAACAUAUCGUAG